AUGCCUCCAGUCCAGAAAAAGGUCGCACGGCCAAUAGAACCAGAACGCUCCAUUGGAGAACAAGACACUGGUCCAAUACCAAUAUUCAUGCAAGCUGGUCACGAGAGUACUCCGGAUUUGGAAUUCACGCAACAGUUGCUUUGGGGCUCAGGAGGCUUACCGGCACUAGAGCUUACCCACAGCACACCAUCAGCGUCCUUCCGUCAGCAUCACGGACGGGAAAGGCCGCCACUUCCGCAGAAGAAUGUUCCUGGUACGCAUGCAUACCUCGAGCCAGUAGAGCAGUCCAAGUCGCUCUGGGCAUGCAGUCGUCGUUGGAGUGAUUCCGAUUGGGGUCGUUCUGUUGCAGUUCCGGGAAACGUGGAAAACAUGGAUGUCGUCUUGAUGAGUGCAUAUAACGCGGGGGCAUGA